AUGCGCUGCCUGCUUCUCAUUUCGCUAGCCACUUUGUGCCUGGCCAGUGCUAGUCCGGUUCAACCGCAAAACAGGAUCAUCGCCCAAUUUUUCGAAUAUUUCGAUACUCUUCGAGGCAUCCAGUUUGACAAUAUGCUGACCAUCACAGUUAACUUUGUGCAGGCGGUCGUUGAUAAUGUGCCGGCAGAGGAACGUGGACGCGCAUCGGCAGCCCUCCAGGCAUAUGUGAACCGUGGAAGGGAGCUCCGUCAGCGAGGCUCUGCCCAAGAAAAGUUCGAGCAUGUCCAGAGUUUGCAGGAAGCCUUUACAAAUGUACAGGGCCUGUUAAUUCCUUCCUCGCCUGAAGCUAACAUGAUUGGAAUGAGCAUGCUGGGUCUAUUCGUAGUAGCCCAUGAGUUUGCCGAGGAUGAUGAAAAGCUUCACAAAAGGUUCGUUGAGGGCGCUACACAGAUGAAGGCCAAGUUGACUCCGGCAACCAUAGCUCGGGAGAUCGAGCUCUUUGGCGUAAUAGAUGAGUUAAUAAAUGCUAACAAGUUUAUAGAAAAUGAACCCCUAAUCGAAAGGUUCCUUAACUUUAAAAAUAGAUACUAA